GCAAAAUAGCAGAGUACCGCGAAAAGCCGUGCAAACAACACGUUAAACGUGAGUGGAAUUUAUUUGGUGGAAAUUGUAUAGCCAAAUAUAUAUUUUGAAAAAGUACCUAUCUAUAUACAAAGGAAUUUUGAUUUGAUCUGUUUUAUUUUAUAUAUAUUCGUUAUAUCUGAAGUAUUGAAAUUUCCUCGAAAGAAAAUUGCGUUGAAACGUUUUUAAGAAAACUUAGUUUUCAUUGAGAAAUUCAUCGAGUGUGUGAAAGAAGAUAACCAAAAUUUUAGAGGAAAAAAAUCUAAACUAGAAAAGGAAUAAGUGCCGAAAAGCCAAGUAAAAAGCUGAAAAAUAAGAUUUGUUUGCUGAAAACUAGCACAAGUAGCAGAAAUUGUACAGUUUAUUUGCAGAUUUAUUGCUAAUUUUUAUUAGAAGAAACCUAAAACAAAAAACACAAACAAAAUGUCAGAUCGCAAAGCAGUUAUUAAAAAUGCCGAUAUGAGCGAAGAAAUGCAGCAGGAUGCAGUUGAUUGUGCGACACAAGCCCUCGAAAAGUACAACAUUGAAAAGGACAUCGCCGCCUACAUUAAGAAAGAAUUCGACAAAAAGUACAAUCCCACAUGGCAUUGUAUUGUGGGCCGAAAUUUCGGAUCGUAUGUGACACAUGAGACACGUCACUUUAUUUACUUUUACUUAGGCCAGGUGGCAAUUUUAUUAUUUAAGAGCGGUUAAAAAAAAUUCAACAACAACAAAAACAAACCACAACAAUAAAACCAAUCCACAGCAACAGCAACAACAAAAUACCACAACAACACACACAUACACAACAACUUGGCAAGCAACAACAACUAAAACAAAAGAAUUUGUAGUAAAAGUAAAUCCUAAAUUUCAUGAAAGAAAAAAAUGGCAAAGUAAAAAAUAACAACAACAACAGCUGGAAAAAUUCGCAGUCACAAAAUAUUUCAAAAAGUAAGGAGCAAAGAAAGGCAGCAGGCGGGUAUUGGGUAACAGAAACUAUGUGCCGCUGGCAAAUGUAAAAUGUGCAACCAAAUUAUUUGGUUGAUGGUAACAUUUUGAAUAAAAAAAAGUGCGUAAAAAAGUUAGCUGGACUACGCACAGAAUAAACUACCCAUACAAAACUAAAAAAUGCACGCGUUUGAAAUGUGGAGCGUAAUUUAAAACAAAGCAAUUGGUAGAAAGGCAGAAAUCAUAGAUGUGGAACAUAAUUUAGAACAAUUGAAUUCGGGAAAAAUGCAAAAACCAUAGCUGUGGAACAUAAUUUUACACAAUUGAAUUGAGAAGAAUGUAUAAAACAUAGAUGUGGAACAAUUCAAUUCAAUUGGAGAAAAAUGCAAAAACUAAAUGUGGAACCUAAUUGGAAUACGUUCCCAGCGAACAUUUGAACUUGUAAUGUACACUUUUGAAAUGUGGAACCGAAUUUAAAACAAUUCAAUUGGAGAAUUAUUUAAAAUAUUGAUGUGGAACCUAAUUGAAAUACGUUCCCAGCGCACUUUGUAGAACUAAAAUAAACCGCACUAUGUGUUAUCCAUGUAAUUUGUCAUAUUUUUAAACUGUGUAAUGCCAUUCAGCAUUCCCUUACCUCCCGUCAUUCCGCAAACGCUGCUCUGGCCAACGAAUCUGCUACAAGAAAUUUACACUGCAGAAAUUUAGCGAUACAUGGACUGGACAAAAGCAACAACAACAACAAAUUCACGCGACUACUAUUAUGGGCACAAUACACCAACAACAAUAACAACACAACCCACACCGCAGCAAACAAUUGUUGUAAGGGAAAAACUUCGCAGAUUCGCAGUAAAAUGCAGAAUAAAAUAGUAGAAAAUAGCAGAACUUGAAGAAAACAAAAUAAAAAUAAAAAUAAAAAGCAAAAACAAAAACAAAUCUCAAAUGGAAUCAUGGAAAAUUUAACAUUUUAUGCGUAUUUGUAUUAGUAAUAUCAGCAAGCAACAACAGCAAAUUAUAUAUAUAUAUAUACACAUAUAUAUUUGUUAGUCUAAGUAACAAGAAAAAUUAAAAUCGAUGAAUGCAAAAAAAAAAUAAUAUUUCAAAUUGCGUACACAACAACAACAACAACCAAAAUAUAUAUACACACACACAAACACAAACAAAAGCGAGUAACACUUAAAUGAUAUACGGAGUGGAGGAAGUCGAAAGAAAUGCAAAAA